AACCAAAAUGCCGGUCGAAAAUUUAGAAGAAGAGGGACUCGAUAAAAACCCUAAUUUACAGCUGGCCCAAUGGCGAUUUCUUCUUGGGACAGAAAAGAAUAUCAACAACAAAAAGGCUAAGCAUGAUUUGUUGGAAGCCCUUAAGGCAGAUAAUAUGGCCCCUCUUUAUGAAGAAAUUUGCAAAGAGCUGAAAUGGAAAGUGGAUGUAACCCUCUUGAGUAAAAUGCAGAAGUCCAACGAGGAUGAAUUGAAGAAAUUAGAUGAAGCUAUUGCCGACGCAGAGAAAAACUUGGGUGAAACGGAUGUCAGAGAUUCAAUGAUGAGAAAAGCAGAAUAUCUGUCCAAAAUUGGUGACAAGGAAGCAGCACUGACUCAGUUCAGAAAAACUGGUGAGAAAACAACCACUCUGGGUUAUCGUCUUGACUCGGUCUUCCAUUUAAUCAGACUCGGUCUCUUCUACAUGGAUCAUGAUCUUGUUACCAGGAACUUGGAAAAGGCACAGAGUUUGAUAGACGAGGGAGGAGACUGGGACAGACGGAACCGUUUGAAAGUUUACCGAGGGACGUACUGUAUGGCCAUCCGUGACUUCAAAACCGCAGCAAAUCUCUUCCUAGAUACUGUGGCGACAUUCACGUCUUAUGAACUCAUGGAGUACACAUCGUUUGUGACCUACACAGUCCUAUGCAGCAUGAUUGCUUUGGAAAGACCCAAACUCAGAGAAAAGGCCGUGAAGGGAUCUGAAAUAUUAGAAGUGUUACACAGCCUGCCAGAAAUCAGACAGUUCCUCUUCUCUCUCUACAACUGCCAGUAUGGCGAUUUCUUCAAGUCUUUGGCAAAUAUUGAAGAGUUCCUGAAGCAUGACCGCUUGUUGGCACCACAUUACCGAUACUACGUCAGAGAGAUGCGCAUCCUUGCGUAUUCACAACUUCUGGAGUCCUACCGCAGUUUGACACUUGACUAUAUGGCGAAGGCAUUUGGUGUUAGCGUGGACUUAAUUGACCAGGAAUUAUCCAGGUUUAUCGCUGCUGGGCGCCUUCAUGCGAAAAUAGACAAAGUUGGAGGAAUUGUUGAGACAAACAGGCCAGAUAGCAAGAAUCACCAAUACCAGACCACGAUCAAACAGGGAGAUUUACUUUUGAAUCGGAUCCAGAAGUUGAGCCGUGUCAUCAACAUCUGAAAUUGCUACAUCAUCGAAAUGGAAAUCAUGUGCUCAUCCAGUGGACACUCGGUACAAAACUUUGACACUCAGUCAAAAAGACUCUUUCAUCUUCAUAAAAUGGAACUGUGCAAGAAAUUUUGUUCAUUAUGCAGAUUUGUCUGCUCCAGACCUUCCUUUGCUGCCUUUUGGGGGGAAAUAGCCUCAGAAAAAUGCUGCCAACAUCUCAGCAGCCAGCCUCCUCCUGACGGAGUAGCAAUCCUGACCACAGAAUGACCGAGCACUGAAAUUUUGAAUCUGUUGUUAUUUGGAGAGUAUAAACAGCCUUCAUCACAUUAUGAAAUGGGAAAACCUUAGGUUCUACUUGUCAAUUGUACAUGUAUGAUUUCAUCUAAAGCUGUCUAUUUGGCUUGGUACAGAUUUUUUGUAAAUAAAGUCUUCUUGU